UCACGCGGCACAUCCUCGCGUUCGUUCACUCGCAUUCAGCUGCGAAGGAAUUUUUAUUUUCGUUUCGCUGCCGGCAUCGUGGAAAAAGUUUUGCCUAAGAAAAGUCUUAAUUAAUUUCAUUUUACAGUGUAUUAAUAUUACCAAGUAAUAGCAAAAUGUUUUGGGGAUUAAAUCUCAAGCCCAACCGUAAAUAUACUCAAACAACAAGCAAACCUUUCCACAUUUCCUUGGCGUCAUUGGACACCGACUCUGUAUCGGAUGGAGGAGCGAACCAAAUUUACAUUAAUCAUGAUAAUCAAAAGUUCUUAAUUUGCACAUUGCGCAAUGGCAGCUGCGAACAAGUCAUGUUAGAUCUGAACUUUGGCGAAGGAGAUGAAAUUUGCUUUCAGAGCAUUGGCAGUGGUAAUGUUAGUCUCACUGGUUAUCUCAUUGAUAAAUUCAAUUUCAUGGACGAUGAGGACGAUGAUGAGUCUGAAGUGGAAGAAGAAGAGGUGCAAGAUCUGCGCCAGGCUCUGAAUAAGAAAGCCAAUGCAAAAAAAGCUGGCAAUGCUAAAAAACAAGUAGCAAGCAACGAAGAGGAAGAUGAUGAUGAUGAAGAUGAUAGUGAUUUCAACGGCGAAAAUUUAGCCGAAGUUGAAGAUGACGACGAGGACGAAGACGAUGACGAUGAGGAUGAUGAAGAGCAAGAUGAUGACGAUGAAGACGAUGAAGAGGAGGAAGAGAGCGAGGAUGAGGAAGUCCAGCAACCCAAAGCCAAACACCCGAAGUUGGACAAACCACAGAAACAGCAAAAUGGUGUUGCAAAAGAGGGCUCAGCUGAAAAGAAAAGCAAGAAAGAUAAAAAGGCUAAUAAAAAUGAACAACCGCAACAAAAGCAACAACAGAAAGCUGGCGGUGAACGUGUUAUCACCGGAGGUGUAAAAAUUGAGGAUAUACGCGUUGGCAAUGGACAAGAAGCAAAGUCAGGCAAACGGGCUCAAGUAUACUACGAAGGUCGUCUGAAGUCCAAUAACAAGGUGUUCGACAGUUUAAAGACAGGUACCGGAUUUAAAUUUGGUCUCGGCCGUGGUGAAGUAAUUAAAGGCUGGGAUGUAGGAGUUGUGGGUAUGAAGGUUGGCGGCAAACGCCGCAUCACUUGUCCUCCACACAUGGCAUAUGGCGCACGUGGAUCCCCACCAACAAUCCCGCCAAACAGUACACUCGUCUUCGAAGUUGAACUUAAAGGCGUGCAUUAGAUAUAAAAAUUCCUUAACUUGUUUUGUUUAUUUUAGCAGUUAACAGUAUGCGGUAGUUCACAAUCAAAUUUUUUGAUAUGCUUGUCUUGAGUUUCAUUUAAGUUUAAUACAAUUUGUUUCUAAUUA